UUGACAUGAAACGUCACGUCAUACGUCACGAAAUAGGAAUUAUACGCGUAGUCAAAGUCGCGAAAUAGCUCUUUCAAGAAGCCCUAGCUUCUCAAGCACCGGCAGGACCGGAACGGCAUGUAAACAUGUGGAUCAGCUGUGGCUGGAUCCGACCCGAGAGCGAGCGUGGCGUGUGAGCGAGGCCAGAUAACGAGGCUCGGGGCGGAGCGGCCCAGCAACGUCAUGUCGAUCGAGUACGUGCUGGUGAGCGAGGGCGAGCAGGACGAGCCCAUCGAGCUACCGACCGAGGAGGACGGCUCGCUGCUGCUCAGCACCGUGGCGGCGCAGUUCGCGGGCGCCAGCGGGCUCAAGUAUCGCGACCGUGUCGCCGGCCGCCUGCGCGGUCUGCGGCUCGUGGACCAGCGGCUGUCGCCACCACCGGGCGGCUGGGCCGCACACCGCUACUUCUGCGCCUUCCCCCGCCGCGCUAGCCCCGAGCCGCGCUCCGAGCCCGAGGAUCCACGGCCCCGCUGCUCCGACCUCAUCGUGCUGGGGCUGCCGUGGAAGACGGGCGAGGAUGCGGUGCGCGAAUACUUUGCCGCGUUCGGCGAGUUGCUGAUGGUGCAGGUGAAGCGCGACGCUGCCACGGGACUCAGUAAAGGCUUUGGUUUUAUCAAGUUUGCGGAUUAUGGCGCGCAGCUGCGUGCGCUAGGCCGGCGGCACCUGAUCGACGGACGCUGGUGUGACGUGCGCGUGCCUAACAGUAAAGAGGGUGGUGGCGGCGCACCCCGCAAAGUGUUUGUGGGCCGCUGCACUGAGGCCCUGUCCGCCGAUGACCUUCGCGAUUACUUUACUGCCUUUGGACAGGUGACAGAUGUUUUUGUACCCAAACCGUUCCGCGCGUUCAGCUUUGUAACGUUCCUGGACCCAGAGGUGGCUCAAUCGCUGUGUGGGCAGGACCAUAUUAUCAAAGGUGUAUCAGUUAACAUCAGUACUGCUUCGCCAAAGCGUGAGCGUGGGCGGGGCGCCCUGCUCGGCUGGAACGUGCUGCCGGAGCCUCGGGUCUACAACUGGGUGGGCGAGGCAUGGCCUCCGCCACCCACACAAGCUCCGCCGCUCGACUCCAAGCCCUACCUCAAAUAUGAGUGACCACUGUACAUACUUUCAUGUCCAAGGACAUGCUCUUCGUUGAUUGCUGUCAGAUUUUAUAUGGAAGAAAUGUGUAAAUAAUAUAAUAUAAAUAGUAUGAAGUUGU